AUGCUCCCCAGCUCCACAAAUGAUCUCCAGCCACUUGAUAGCGACGAAUUAGAACCACACGUCGUUGAUUUCCUAUCAGGAAGAGAGUUGCACAGUGCAAGAAAGCAAGACAGAGAGUAUCGACAAACACAUGAUAGAAAAUACCAACGAUAUGUCACGAAAAGAGAAGAGCUUCGAAAUGCAACGUCCGCGUCAAAGAAGUACAGAGAAGAGACAUACAAUAAACAGUCUAAUUGCGACGCUCAAUUCAUCAAUAAUCUACACACCUUCAAAACGUGCGACGCUGGAAGUGGAUAUCGUGCAGAGCAGCAGCACUACGCCAUGGAUUUUAUAGCAGAAAAUCCUUGUGGACGAAACGAAUUGAAAUCCACGUUGAAAAAGCUGAAGAUUUUCAGUAAGAAUAAAUCGAUCAAUGAGUGGAUGAAUCGAGAGGACAACCCACAGAAGGUUCUAAGAAGAGCUUUUUCGUGUAUUAAUUUGUCAGUGGAGUCUUUGACUUUUCGAGAAAAUAAAGAACAAGAGGAAUACGUUAAAAAUCGAAGAACGGAAGUCAACUAUAGUGCCGACAUCUCUAACGUCGACGUUGGAUAUCUCGCUGAAGACUUCUAUUCAUUAGACACGGCACGCCUUCUUCGAGAAAUUUCUCUUACAAUGAAGUUUCUGAUUCCUCGAGUGAAUUCGAAUAAUGUGCCGCUUGGAGAUAUCAAAAUCUCGAAAGUUCUAUUCAGCACAGAUGAUCACUAUGCAUAUAUCAUUCCCGAGAAGUUCAGUGUGCAAAAAGCACUGGAAAAGUUUUCGUACGAAUUCAAGAAGUGGCAUGAAAACGAAUCGUACAAGUGUAGAGAAGUCUGUUGCAAAUCAAUUCCUUUCCGCGCCCAUAUAAAUGUCGUCUUAUAUCUGGAAGAGUUUAUCAGCGAGAACACGCAGUAUCGAAGAGCACGCCAUAUCUGCGAAGUGCCGUUUAAUCCUCCUUGGAGAUCUCAUCAUCUCUACUUAGAGAUUGAUACAGGAAUGCUACGAGUUGUUGAGUAUGAUGAGAAUGUAGUCAAGUGUCUAUCACAACGAUGGGCGUGUCUUGAGACACCUAUCAUGGAAGUCAGGUUUUCAGGAAUUACGACAGAUCUACAAGUCUCAAAACACAUCGAUUCGAUCCGAAGGACGGGACGGGCUAAAAUUGUUUCGAUCGAUCGUGUGAACCGAGCCAAGAAUCGAUUCGCCAAUUUCAACGAUCACGUUGUAAAAUUCUGGUCUACAUUCGAUACGGCUGUGCUGCAAACCUAUAAAGAGCACCCGAAACCAUCACUGGAGACUCUUUUCUGCCCGGAGAAGGAUUGCGUCGGCCUGUGUAACACUGAUGUCUAUCUAGAAGCACCCACACCAGUCUCUGACGAGCCUCUUGCUGUUGAGAAACUCAACAAGCUACGUUCUGAGUUCUCGGCUUCUCUAGCUGCGUAUAUUCUUCCAAACACUGAUUCUCAUCAGAAUGAAAGAAUUCCUGAGAGCCUGUGUCGAAUGAAAUUCCUAUCCGAGUUCACUGGAACUGGAGGGUGUGCAGUCAUAACAAACGACAAAGCAGUGUUCUGGACUGAUAACCAACAUUUCAAAAUCGCUGGAAGAGAACUAGACAAAACAUAUUGGACGGUCAAGAAUCAUGAGGACAAAUCGACGGAAACUAUCGUUGAUUGGUUGAGAAAUGAGUUGCCAGCUGGAUCUCUUGUCGGAUUCGACCCAAAACUUGUCACAUUUUCAAACUAUCUAAAAAUGUCCGGCCAAUUGAAGUCAUCCCGCAUUGAACUCCUCCCGAUUCCUGGAAACCUCAUCGAUAACUUCUGGGAUACACGUCCAUAUCGAGAGGGAGACGUUGUGAAAGUGAUGAGUCUCGACUCGUGUGGAAAGUCGCCGACGUUCAAAAUGAGUCUGCUGAGAAAAGAGUUGGAAUCGAUGAAGUGUUCGGCGACGAUAGUCUGUGAAUUGGAUGAUGUUAUGUGGCUACUGAAUCUCCGCGGCAACGACAUUCCAUUCAGCCCUCUAACAUACUCGUAUCUCUUUGUCUCUCUCGAUGAAGCACAUUUAUUCAUCGAUCUGGAAAAACUAGAUCAAGACGCGAAGUCUCAUUUAACCCGAAGUAGUAUCAGAUUCCACAGUUAUAAAAAAGUUCAUUCGUUUCUAUCUGAAUGGAUGGAUAGACAGAAGAAAGAUGGAAAAAGUCAGCUGAUUCUCUUCACUCCCGACACAAAUCAGUGGAUUGGAAGCAUUUUUGGAGAGGAGUCAUCGAUUAUUGAGUUAUCUAUCGUUAAGAAAGUCAAAGCGAAGAAGAAUCCGAUGGAAUUGGCCGGAAUGAGAGCGUGUAAUAUCCGCCACAGUGUCCAGAUGAUAAUGUUCUUACACUGGUUUGAACUUCAAACUUUGAAAGUAGAAGUAGAGAAUACGGAGAAUACGAAAACGACGUAUACGGAGGAAGAGAUGGCGAUGAAGUUGGAGGAAAUCUUGAAGGAUCACAAGAUGUAUAUUGAACAGAGUCUUCCAACAGUAUUCUCAUCUGGUGAGCACUGCUCCGUGCCUCUACACAAACCGGAUCCCUAUCACACCGUGUCGAAUUUAUAUCAAGUUUUGGUUCAAUCCGGUGUCCAUUAUACGGAUGGAACUGCGUGUGCCACUCGAACGAUUUGGGAGUCAUAUCCGACGGAAGAGUUUGCAAACAGCUAUACACUCGUGCUGAAAGGACAUAUCAAAAUAGCGAACUCUCAAUUCCCGGCGCAUUCUACGAUUGGUAGUCGUCUAGAUAUUCUAGCGAGACAAGUGUUGUGGGAUGCUGGAAUGGAUUACAAUCACGAGACUGGUCACAGUGUUGGGCACUGUUUGAAUAUACGUGACACACAGGGUGAUUCAUCAGAUCAAUCGAAAGAGGGAAGAAUGGAAGCGGGGCAGGUGGUUACCCUGGAACCAGCGUUCUAUGAGCCAGAGAAGUAUGGAGUUCGGAUAGGAAGUUGCUAUGAGACGGUGCUCACGCAGUCAUCGAGAAGUUCAGGGAAUCCGUUUCUUUGUUUCCAGCCUCUCACCUUCAUCCCAUUCCAAACCUCAAUUCUUGUCAAGCAGAUUCUGACUCCUGAAGAGAUUCUCUGGAUCAAUCGAUACCACUAUCGAGUUUUCUCUGAGAUCGGCAAGAUUCUUCUGGAAGAAGAACAGUUUGAAGUACACGAAUGGCUUCGAAAGGCUUGUGAGCCGAUUUGA